UCGGCGGGUUUACUACUAUUGUCCUUGUAUAUAUAACGACGGGGCCUGGCCAUCUUCAUCUUGGACCGAUCGACUCACAUACUUGUUAUACCUUGGUCCACGAUUUUUUAGAGUCGAUACAACUUGGUCGGGUUUGUCAUAAUGUGCAACUACAUCUAUAAGGAACUUAGCUGCCAACACCACUACCAUUUGGUAGAAUCAUGGUGUCCCAAGUAUAUCGAGACAGAACGUCGGUGUCCGCCCACCAUCGUGAGCAAGCAGUACUGGGGUGACGACAUUUGUGCUGCCUGCCGCGAACGACAACAACCCAGUAAUCACCCAUGGGCGAAACUGAUUCAACGUCCCGAGUCACGCUUGUCCUACUCUCCUCAAGUUCGUGCGCAAUGAAAACGAGCGAUCCGUCUCGCAGGUCGAGUCCUCGAUAUGUCGCCAACCGAUCUGCCACUCCAACGUCCAAUAAGGCGGCACUCUUCACCUAUCUAUCCAUCCCCGCAUACGCAUACACACAUUCAUACACAUACGAAACCCGACCUCCCGGAUGAGUUGAAACAACAGGA